AUUCUUGCGUCACUUCCGACCGGUUCGAUGGCGACCGCAAGCUCCGCGACUGCGGCCGCGGUCGGAGCCCCGGGGGAGGGCGAGGCCGGGGGCGGGGAGAGAACAGUGGCCGAAGGGACCUCCCCGCCCCCAGGCCGCGCCUCCCCUCCGGCCCCGGCCCGCGGUGAGCCCGAGGUCACGGUGGAGAUCGGAGAAACGUACCUCUGCCGACGUCCGGAUAGUACCUGGCACUCAGCAGAGGUGAUUCAGUCCCGUGUGAAUGACCAAGAAGGACGAGAGGAGUUCUACGUACAUUACGUGGGCUUUAACCGUCGACUGGAUGAAUGGGUGGACAAGAAUCGGCUGGCCUUGACCAAAACAGUGAAAGAAGCUGUUCAGAAGAACUCUGAGAAGUACUUAAGUGAGCUGGCAGAGCAGCCUGAGCGCAAGAUCACCCGAAACCAGAAACGCAAACAUGAUGAGAUCAACCAUGUGCAGAAGACCUAUGCAGAAAUGGAUCCCACAACAGCAGCGCUAGAAAAGGAACAUGAGGCGAUUACCAAGGUUAAGUAUGUAGACAAGAUUCACAUUGGGAACUAUGAGAUUGAUGCCUGGUACUUCUCCCCGUUCCCGGAAGAUUAUGGGAAACAGCCCAAACUUUGGCUCUGUGAAUACUGCCUGAAGUACAUGAAGUUUGAGAAGAGCUACCGUUUCCAUUUGGGCCAGUGCCAGUGGAGACAGCCACCUGGCAAGGAAAUCUACCGAAAGAACAAUAUCUCGGUGUAUGAGGUGGAUGGCAAAGACCAUAAGAUUUAUUGCCAGAAUCUGUGUCUAUUGGCCAAGCUCUUCCUGGACCACAAGACCUUGUACUUUGAUGUGGAACCAUUUGUCUUCUACAUCUUGACCGAGGUGGACAGACAGGGGGCCCACAUCGUGGGCUACUUCUCUAAGGAGAAGGAGUCCCCAGAUGGGAAUAACGUGGCCUGUAUCCUGACCCUCCCCCCGUAUCAGCGCCGAGGUUAUGGCAAGUUCCUCAUUGCUUUCAGUUAUGAAUUGUCAAAGUUGGAGAGUACAGUGGGUUCUCCAGAGAAGCCACUGUCAGACCUGGGCAAACUGAGCUAUCGAAGUUACUGGUCCUGGGUCCUGCUGGAGAUCUUGAGGGACUUCCGGGGUACAUUGUCCAUCAAAGACCUCAGCCAGAUGACCAGCAUCACCCAAAAUGACAUCAUCAGCACUCUGCAGUCACUCAACAUGGUCAAAUACUGGAAGGGACAGCAUGUCAUCUGUGUCACCCCCAAGCUAGUGGAAGAGCACCUUAAGAGUGCCCAGUACAAGAAGCCGCCCAUAACAGUGGACUCAGUUUGUCUGAAGUGGGCACCACCCAAGCACAAGCAAGUAAAGUUGUCCAAGAAGUGAGUGGUGCUCAAACCAGUGCCCCUGCACCCCCUGCAUCCCUACCCACUGGCAGCCUUAGACCUGUGAGGGGUGCCUCUUUUCCCCACUUUGUAAAUAUGUAUAGACUUGUCUGCCCACCUUCAACCCUAAAAUAUUUUUUUAAUAAAGAGACUUUAGCUUGUCACUGUA